AUUAUUUCAAGCACCUGGUUGAAAAUAUUUGGUCGUGGUUUGGUGAAUGGCGUUAGAAAUGAUAACUUCUCGGAGACUGGCAUAUCUGCAUUAUCGCACGUGUAAAAGAUAAUGUAACUAGCUAUUGGUUACGUUGGUGGUUAAACUGGUUUGAACGGUUAAAAAGGUGCAUCAAGCGGAGAUCAACCAGUGUAUUGUCCGUUCAAUUAUUGCUUCAAUCCGAGAUUAAAAUGUACAGUGGGCGUGGCUCCCUAUUUUCGUUUGGACUAGCUAACUAACAUCGGCAGCAGCUAAAUCAGGUGAGGCUGCACUCAUUCACCACAACAAAUCUGAUGAGGAUGAGUAAAACUCCAGUGACCACAGCUCGAGCCCGAGGAGCAAGGGGGAUAUGAACCACAGUUGCUCAAACGCUUCGGAGGAGCCAGUGUGGUCGGCGAACGGGAAAACAGACUCCACAAAAUAUGCUGAUUUCCCCUCACAUUGCGAAACCGUACACGAAAAUGUUCCACAACUGGUGGUCACGUGUGACUCGAGCCGAAUUGAAUUGGAGGCCAUGAGGAUUAGCGGGCUCUCCGUUGGAUCUCAUCCCGACGAGGAGUCGUUUUGCUCGGACAGUGGGUUCGGGGGCUCCCCCGCGUCUCUUCUCCUCAGAAAACUGUCAAACGCCUCAUCGUCUGUGUUGUCACCAGCCUCGUCUUUUGAAGAAAAUGAGGACGACCGCGGCUGUCCUGAUGAGGUCCCUCGGAGUGUCACAUGGAAGAAACCGAGAAGCACAGGGACCUCGUCUCCCCUCUCAGUGCCCCCCAAGAAGCCACAGCCCUGGGUGCAAGUAGUCGGACAUGCAGGGAGUUUCCAUGCAGGGGACUAUGGGAUGCUGCUGAAGCGCUACACUGAGGGAGAGCAAAAGUGCCUGCAGAGGCUAAUGGAGGACUCUCUGAGACCCUUUGUGCCAGGCUACCAUGGAGUGGUGCAGCGUGCCGAGCAGGACUACAACAUGAUGGACGACCUGCUCACACACUUCAACUCCCCUGCCAUCAUGGAUUGCAAGAUGGGCACCCGGACAUACUUGGAAGAGGAGCUGGCGAAGGCUCGGGAGCGGCCCCAGCCUCGUCAGGACAUGUAUGAGAAGAUGGUGGACGUGGACCCAGAGGCCCCCACUACAGAGGAGCGAGCACUACAGGCAGUACUCAAGACCAGAUACAUGCAGUGGAGAGAGACCCUAAGCUCCACCACCACUCUGGGCUUCCGCAUCGAGGGACUCAAGAAGGCUGAUGGUCUGUGCAACACAGACUUUAAAAGGACCAAGAGCAGAGAAGAGGUGAUGCAGGCACUGCAGGACUUUGUGGGUUGCAACACCCUCAUUCUGGAUUAUAGAUCUCUCUCUCUUCUCUUUCAGAAGGGAUAUCUGAGACGAAUGAAGGAUCUUCGACUGGUGUUGGAGACAUCCAUCUUCUUCAGAACACACGAGGUGGUGGGCAGCUCCCUACUAUUUGUGCAUGACAGUACAGGGAAGACAGGAGUAUGGAUGAUUGAUUUUGGGAGGACUGUCUCCCUGCCGCCGCCUCUCACCCUGGACCACCGCACCCCCUGGAUAGAGGGCAACCGAGAGGAUGGGUACCUGUGGGGGCUGGAUAACCUCAUUGAUGUCCUGACCGAUAUGCUGCAUCUCACCUGAACCUCACUCUUGAAUGAUUGACACAGGACCUCAUCCCAACCAAAACACCCUUUCCCACAUGAACCAAAUCCGAAUGGCCAUUUCAACUUUUAACUGAGAGGGUUGACAAACGAGAGACUGUUCACAUAUUGGACUCGGAUUCUGUGUUGGGCUUUAGGGGGUACUGGACUACCGUCUGUGGCUAUAAUGAAGGCAAUGGGAGAGGAACAGAGGUGUAUGUGGUGGACAAAGGAAAAUAGUAGCACUAGUUCCUCAGAAGAAUUAUACUACAGCAAUGCAAAAUGAAACACUGCCCUUUUAUCAUCUUCCACAUAAUUCCCCCCCCCAAACAAAUUCUGCCAUUUUGUUCCAUUACAAUUGUUCUUAAUACUCAUUAGCUCUAAGUGUUUCUUACUCCAGGUUUGAGGGCUGUAGGACCUAAACAAUUAAUGUUGAUACUAUACUAUUAUACAUAAUGGAGUGGCCCUUAAUAGAGGACUCGUAAAACCUCUUGAGAACUGUGUUAAUGAACACUGCCUUCAAGUUUGUUUAUUAGUCAUAUACUCAUGAUAUACAGUGCAUUCGGGAAGUAUGCAGGCCCCUUGACCUUUUUCCACAUUCUGUUACAUUCCAGCCUUAUUCUAAAAUGGAUUCAAUAUUUUUUUCCCUCAAAUCUACACACAAUACCCCCUAAUGACAAAGCAAAAGCAGGUUUUUAGAAUUAUUUGCAAAUGUAUAAAAAUUAAAACGUAUAUCACAUUUACAUGAGUAUUCAGACCCUUUACUCAGUACUUUGAAGUACCUUUGGCAGCGAUUACAGCCCUCGAGUCUUCUUGGGUAUGACUCUACAAGCUUGGCACACCUGUAUUUGGGGAGUUUCUCCCAUCCUUCUCUGCAGAUUACCUCAAGCGCUUGGGUUCAAGUCCGGGCUCUGGCUCGUCCACUCAAGGACAUUCAGAGACUUUUCCCGAAGCCACUCCUGCGUUGUCUUGGCUGUGUGUUUCGGGUCGUUGUCCUGAACCUUCGCUCCCAGUCUGUGGUCCUGAGCGUUCUAGAGCAGGUUUUCAUCAAGGAUCUCUCUGUACUUUGCUCUGUUAAUGUACCUGAGGAUGUACCUGAGCUCUAUUUCGAGUCUCCUAGCAAAGGGUCAGAAUACUUAUGUAAAUAAGGUAUUUAUUUUUUAUAAUUUAAUAAAUGUGUCAUCAUGGGGUAUAGCAUGUAGAUUAAUGAUGGAAAAACAUUUUAUUUAAUACAUUUUUGAAUAAUGCUGUAAUGGAACAAAAUGUGUGAAAAGGAAAGGGUUCUGAAUACUUUAUGAAUGCACCGUACAUAGUGCAACGAAAUACUUACUUGCAGGUUCAGCUCAUGACAAUAUAAAUUAAGUGAAUCAUUUUUUGGGGGGCCAUAAAUAUAAUUCAAGGCGGCACUCUGACAAAUUGUGAAUUUACAUGUGCCAGGGAAUUGUGCAAUAAUAAAUAGACAUUGUGCAGUAAUAUAAAUAGGUGUGCGUGUGUGUGUGAGUCCAUGUGUGGUAGGGUGCAGGGAGUCUGUUGUUCCGGCAAUCAGUCCCGGUUCAAGAAUGAAGUAGUCUGUUGGCUUGUGGGUAAAAACUGUCUCUGAGAUGGUGGUCCGGGAACAGACGGUAACGGAGUGAAUAGUCCAUGGCUGGGCUGAGCGGGGUUCUUGUCCUGUAUGGAGGGGAGCACGGUUCCAGUGAUGUACUGGGCAGUCUUCACCACCCUCUGAAGGGCCUUGCGGUCGUGAAUGGAGCAGUUUCUGUACCAAGCCGGGAUGCAGCCGGUCAGGAUGCUGUCGAUGUUGCUGCGGUAGAAUUAGGAGAGGACCCGGGGGAGCGUGCCGAUUUUCUUCAGCCACCUGAGAAAUUAGAGACGCAGUUGCACCUUCUUGACCAGGGCUGUGGUGUUGUCUGUCACUGUGAGGUUCUCUGAUGUGGACGCAGAGGAACCUGAAGCUGCUGACUCCACUGCAGUGUUGUUGAAUCCCUGCUUCCUGAAGUCGGCAAUCAACUCCUUUGUUUUGCACCACACAUUUAUCCGCUUGUUUGAGAGAGAAACAGCCUAGUUAUCCUGUAAGAAUGUGUGACUUUAGAGGGCAAUGUAGGACCCAAAUAACAUGCUUCCAGGCGUAGAGCCUAGUGGGGUAUCCUGCAGGCUGAAACAAUGACAGCAUUUGUGAAUCUUAAAUAUCCAAAAUAUAAUCCGACAAGGGGAGUUCUUCACUUGCACAAAGUGCCACUGCACAAAUACUUUUCUAUUGAUGAGACUGUUAUGCCCCCCCCACCUUUGCUAUACAGUACAACUAAGAUAUGAAGGCAAAGGCCAAAUGUACAACUAUAAGUGUGUUGAUGGAUUUCGUAAUAUUAUGUGAGUAGCAGUUUAUCAAAUUGGCAGAUUGAGAUGUCCUGGAACUGAGUUGAACAACUGUGAUAUUUUGAGCAAUGUCUGCAACUGGUUUCUUAGACCAGGCUACCUAAAUGGAAGCCAUUAAAAUGUGGACCAACUCUUGUCUUGCGGUAA